AGAUGAGCUCAGCGCGCGCCGGGGGGCAGGUAACGUCAGCAGUCGGCCGGAGCAGGGAGAGACUGCACAUACACACCCACCAAGUGUUUAUCGCCGCUUAAUCACACCGCCUCACAUUAAUAAUGGGCAGCUAAUCAGCUCCGUGUGACUCAGCGCCGCUUCUUUAAUUCCGAUCCUUGAAUGCAUCCCGCGCCCCCCGCUUGGCUUGAAAUGGGAUGAUAUGGGAUUUUUCAUGUCGACGAAGAUCGGAGGGAUUCUUGCGUUUGCCUUGGUAUUCCUCUCCCUGACAGCAUCAGGAGACCCUGCAGAUGUGAGGUGUGAGAACAUUUAUAAGGACUUUUCCGACUGUGUUCUGGAGCUGGGAGAGAGCAUGGACAACUACCAGGAGAACGUGACCAGUGAGAAGGGAGUGGCGGCCGUGUGCAGCCACUGGGAAGCUUUCCACACAUGUGCCCUCACGGCGCUGUCUGACUGUCAGGAGGAAGUCAGCUCCAUCUGGGAGACUCUGAGGCAGGACUCCAGGAAGAUGCGUUUCCAGGGAAGUCUGUUCGACCUGUGCAGCCCCAGCUCCUCUCCCAGCUUAAGUUCGCCUCUUGCCGCCCUUUUCCUGCCACUGAUGGGAAUGCUGGUCAUGACUGGACCCGACUGGUCCUCUGUAUAGAUGGGGGUGGGAGUUGAGACGGUGAGGGUGGGCGGGAAGGGCCUCCAAUUCCUCUGGGUUCAGUCUGCCCGAGUACCAACUUAAAGCCAAGGAUUUAAGAGCGACAAAUGUUUUAAUAAGGAUUAUUUUGACACAGAGCCAUGGAUGUCUGUGGCAAGCCAAUCAAUAUUUGCUGCGAUGAAUAAUGCUUGAAAUCUUCUCAAAUUCUUCAGCUUGAUCCUCCCUUAUGUCUUCGAACUGAUAGAGUUAUAAAGAAAACUCCAUUUGUGCCAACUAAUCAAUCCAGGCAAAUUAAAGCAAACACUGCAAAGUAAAUGAGAGAUUUCAGACACAAGUCUGAUCGGAACAGUCUACGGUCAGACAGCCGUGGCUCUGGGUUACCAAUAUACAAGCCGUGGACGAAAUAUCAAGAACACCUGUACAAUCCAAUGCAGUCCAAUACAAGAGCACUGCAAUAAAUUCUAUAGCCAAAACCACAGUUUUUGUAGAUUCAACUCUGAGGUUAUUUUAAAGCAGUAUUUGUGGAGUUAGCAAGGUGCAAGUGUUUUUGUGUUCACUCGCUGUAGCUUGUAUUGUCGUGUAUGGUUUCAGUUAGAGGAUUAGUUCAACAUUUUGGGAGUUAUUUGAGGAGAUCUAUACCACUCUCAUGUCUGUACGAUGCUGUCAGCAGCCUUGUAGCUCAGCAAGAAAUGGUUCGCCACACGUCUCCCCAACAACUGACAACUUGUCUCUGCAUUUUUGUCAAAUUAAUGAGAUAUAAAUUGUUACAGAGUGGGCUUUAUUGUUGCUGGUAGGCAGAUUUUGUCAAGUUGUUUCACCAGUCUCCUUGUAUUUUAGCGAAGCUAAGCUAAUCGGCUCCUGUGUGAAGCUUUAAAGUUAGUGUAUGGACAUGAGAGCGGGAUCGAUUGUCACAUCUACUUCUCUGCAAGAAAGCAAAUACUGGUAAGCACAUUUCUAGAAAAAAAAUCAAAUUAUUUAUUUUAACCAUGCG